CAGGCCUGGCUGAAUGAGAAGUUUGCCCCAGAGCUGCUGGAGAGCAAACCAGAGAUCAUCGAGUGUGUUGUGGAGCAGCUGGACCACAUGGAGGCAAACCUGAAACGGGCAAAGAGAGGAGACUUAAAGGUCAGCGUCCACCGCAUGGAGAUUGAAAGGAUCCGUUAUGUGCUCAGCAGCUACUUGCGAUGUAGGCUUGUGAAGAUAGAAAAGUUUUUCCCCCAUGUCCUGGAGAAGGAGAAGUCUCGAGCUGAAGGGGAACCUUCCAUUCUAUCACCAGAGGAGUUUGCUUUUGCUAAAGAGUACAUGGCAAACACAGAGACUUACCUGAAAAAUGUGGCCCUAAAGCACAUGCCGCCCAACCUGCAGAAGGUGUCUCUCCUAAAAUCAGUUCCGAAGCCCAACCUGGACUCCUUUGUGUUUCUGAGGGUGUUGGAGCGGCAGGAGAACAUCCUGGUCGAGCCAGAGACAGAUGAGCAGAGGGAGUACACCAUCGACCUGGAGGAGGGCUCACAGCAUCUGAUCCGAUACAAGACCAUUGCCCCGCUGGUGGCCUCGGGAGCGGUGCAGCUCAUCUGAGGGGCAAGCGGUUCUUCCAGGUGUACAGCGCGCGGGCCCUUGCCCCCCCAGCCAUGCCCGUGGACUUGGCUGUGCGUCUUUGCCUGAGCCACUCGCCCCCCAUCCGCAAGCUGCUGAACUCCUAUGAGGAGCUGCGGGGCAACCGGGGGUGCAAACCCCUCCGAUCCUGUCUCAACCAGAAGCUGAGCGCAGAACCCGAGCCCGAGCGGCGAGAUAGCACCAAGAGCUCCAAGGGCCAGAAGAAGAAGAGAGUUGUGUUUGCUGACAUGAAGGGGCUGUCGCUGACGGCUGUCCGCUUCUUCUCAAAGAUUGAGGAGGACCUCUGUGACUUGCAGCAUGCCCUGUCUGACCUUGCCUGUUUCCGACCUAGGCUGCGGGACUCACGCCCAGAAGCGUGCAGGUAUGUGCUGGACUUCCCACAACCCUCUGCGGACUAUGUGAGUUUCCGCAGCCGCCUACACAGCAACCUUGUCUGCCUGGAGAACUGCCUGAUCCAGGACCGUGUCCUGUCAGGGACAGUGAAGGUCAGAAACAUCGAGUACGAGAAGAAAGUGAUGGUCCGCAUCACCUUCGAUGGCUGGAAGAGCUUUCGGGACAUCUCCUGCCAGUACAUGCAUAGCACGUACGGCUCAGCCGACACAGACACCUUCUCUUUUGAGCUUGCCCUGCCCAAGCCAUCCGUCUCCCGCAGGGCCACAGAGUUCUGCAUCUCCUUCCAGUGUGGACAGAAGACCCACUGGGACAACAACCACGGGAAGAACUACAAGAUCUGCCACGUGGGCAUGGUCCGCCCUCCGUCCCAUGCUGUGAAGAGUGCCAACAGGGCCUGGGAGCAUCUGGGCACCUCUCGAGCAGCCGCCCUGGUCCUUUCCCACCUGCAGACCUGGCGGCGCUCAGAGAUCCAGGCUCCGUAUUGGUAGGAAGGCAGCAUGGGGAGAGCUGUAGGUCCCUUCUGCGCCCCAACUUUGUACGGGGGUCUUUGGGGAGGGGUCAGCUGCAGAAGAUGCCGCUCACAGUUUUGUUAGCUCCUGCAUCUGUCUGACCGGCUGCUGUACGAGC